AUGAGGACCCUCCAUUGCCUUCCUGUGGCUUUGAUAUCACUUAUUUCGUUCGUGCAAGCUCAAAGUCCUAAUCGCCCAAACGAUCUCGACUUCACUGCAGCCCAAGCCGAGGAGCAUAAUUGCGGCCAGACCUGCCAGCAGAACCUACGGGAAUUCGAAGAAUUAGACCGUCAAGUCUUUGGCAAUGUUCCUUACAACUAUGAGUUUUACAAAACCGCGACCAACUUCACGAAGUCACAGCCCGGGGACAUGUUGAAGCUUGAGCAGCAGAAUGCAUCUGCAUACGAUAUUCCUCCUGGAACCUCGUUAUGGUAUAUGCAAUACACAUCUGUUGGAGUUGAUGGAGAAAAGGUACCGUCGACUGCCUUUGUUGCACUUCCCUACACAGAGCUUCCAAAUGAAAAACUCCGUCUGGUCGCAUAUGCCCAUGGAACUAUUGGAGUUGUCACAGCCUGCGCUGCAUCAUCAUCUUACAACGGAUUCGACUAUCACUCCUGGCAGCUCCUCACAGCUCCCGGGUAUGCUGUGGUUGCCACGGAUUAUGCGGGCCUAGGAAACAACUAUACUUCUCACAAGUACGGCAAUCCAGUCCUCAAUUCUGAAGAUGCUUAUUUCUCAGUCGUUGCUGCUCGGAAGGCCUUCCCAGGAAUAUUUACUGAUGGAUGGGCAUCUGUCGGGCAUUCCCAAGGAGCUGGAACUGUCUGGGGAUUGAGUGAAAACCCUCGGGUCGCUACUAAGGAAAGCGGAGAGUACCUCGGAGGAGUUGCCAUUGCUCCUAGCUCUAGAUUGAAUGAUCUUCUCACAGCUGUGCCGCUGAAUGUGGGAUGGGGCUUUGGCAACUUGAUCGUGCAAGUAUUCCAAGCUCUGAAUUUCCCGAUCCAGCCGAUUGUUCUCACCCCAGACGCCAUGGCCCGUUACCCACUUAUGGAAGAACUCCAGCUUUGCGACACCGCUCAAGCCGAAUUAAAUGCGGAUCUCCCAAAUCAUGGUAUUGUGGACUUCACGCCCGCUGAAACCCAACAAAAUCAUGACGCUUUUAUCGCAUUCCAAAACAAGUACGGCGCCGCCACCGGUAGAAAAGGGUACAAGGAACUUCUCGUUGUUCAAUCAAUCGAUGACGAGGUUGUGAAUGUUACUGCUACAAAGGAGGCGUACGACUAUGCAUGCAAGAUCGGCAACAUCGUUCAUCUUAGUUUAUAUUCGGGCCUUGAUCACGAUGAUUCUAUCGCCGCCUCAGCCCCAGAGUGGCUAGAAUGGCUUGACAAAAAGUUCAGGAAUGUGAAAACUCCAAAUGAGCAUAAAUGUGUAACGGAGACGAGGGUUGUGUUGCUUGAUACUUUGAGCUGA